GCAUUUAGUCAUCGUUGCGCAACACCUGGACUGAGAAACCACAUCUGUAAAAUGGCUGCCUUCACCGGACUUAAGGAUCGUGCUGCCAACGUUUUCGGCGGAAUGCGCUUCGAGAAGUUCGAAAUGCCGAAGCAGGGCUACGACCAGAUGGGCGGCGGCGGCAUGGUACCUGGUGGCGACGGCACCAAAGGGUACGCGGCGGACGACGGCGGAGGCGAUUCGCCGAUGUCGUUCGAGGAAAUCGAACGGCCACCGUUGCGACACAUCGACAAGUACGUCCGGGCGGAGUGUCCCUGCAUCAAAACGACCCGCUUCACCAUCGCCCUGAUGACCUGUCUGGGGUUCAUCAUUUCGUUCGGAAUGCGCUGCAACAUGGGCAUGGCCAAGCUCCAGUUCGAGAAUGCGACCGUCAAAUACAACUGGACCGUCGCCAUGGAGAGUGCGGUCGAUUCUUCCUUCUUCUGGGGCUAUCUGGUGACCCAGGUGCCGGGAGGUUUCCUCGCAUCCAUGUACCCAGCGAAUCGAAUCUUCGGUACGGCAAUCGCAUGUUCAGCAUUUCUCAACCUUCUCGUCCCGGGAGCGAUGGCAUUGCACCCUGUUGUAUUGAUUAUGGUUCGAGUGGUGCAGGGAUUGGUAGAGGGUGUCACGUAUCCGGCUUGCCACGGUAUUUGGCGCUUCUGGGCCCCUCCGCUGGAGCGAUCCCGACUGGCAACGAUGGCGUUCAGCGGUUCGUACGCCGGUGUCGUGAUAGGAAUGCCAAUGUCCGGUAUCUUGACCGGCUGGAUCAGUUGGCACGCGCCGUUCUUCUUCUAUGGCUUGUGCGGGGUCAUCUGGUACUGCUUCUGGCUGUGGUUGUCGUUCGAGAAACCGCGACAGCAUCCAACCAUCUCGCUCAAGGAGCUGAAAUACAUCGAAAAAUCCCUCGGAGACUCGGUAUCGCUGCCGAUGCCGAAAAUUUCCACCACACCGUGGCGAGCGAUGGCCUCGUCCAUGCCGGUGUACGCCAUCAUUGUGGCCAACUUUUGCCGCUCGUGGAACUUUUAUCUACUCGUACUGUAUCAAAGCGCAUAUCUUAAGCAUUCGUUUGAUUUCAAAAUCGAAGAGACUGGUAUUUUAGGAGCACUGCCACAUCUACUGAUGACAAUUAUUGUGCCAUUCGGAGGAAUGUUAGCCGAUUACCUGCGAAAGUCCGGAAUAAUGACGACAACCAACGUGAGAAAGUUAUUCAACUGCGGUGGCUUCGGCUUGGAAGGAUUCUUCUUCCUAGUAGUGGCGCACUCAACUAGCCCUAUGGGAGCCGUUACGGCACUAACGUUAGGCGUCGCCUUCAGUGGGUUCGCCAUUUCCGGCUACAACGUGAACCAUCUGGAUAUCGCACCCCGCUACGCCAGUAUCCUGAUGGGAAUGUCCAACGGCAUCGGCACCAUUGCCGGUCUGAUAUGUCCCAUAGCGAUCGAUCAUCUAACGAGGGGACAGAUAAAUUAA